AUGACAGAAGAAAAAGGAAUUGUUUCAAAGGCCUCUGACUCCACCAUAGUCAUGCCUUAUACUUUGUCCUCGGCUGAUAACCCUGGCUCUAUGAUAUCUUCGGUCAUGUUGACAGGAGAUAAUUAUUCUGAGUGGGCUACAGAGAUGUUUAAUGCUCUGCGGGCCAAGAGUAAGAUCAGUUUUAUUGAUGGAUCGAUCAGUAAACCACGUGAGGAUAGUUCUGAGUUGGAGUCAUGGGCAAGUGUGAAUUCGAAGCUUGCUUCCUGCAAACAAGAAGGACAAUCCAUCAUGGAUUAUUACGGACGUCUCGUGAAUUUGUGGGACGAGCUUCAAAGGUAUCGCCAGCUCCCGGUGUGUACGUGUGGUGCUGCUGUGAAGAUUGCGAAAUAUCGUGAAGAGGAGAGGGUUCAUCAGUUCGCCAUGGAACUUGAUGAAUCCCGUUUUGGCAAUGUUAUUUGUCAUAUUGUUGAUGCAGACCCACUACCGGAUUUGGCACAAACGUAUGCAAAGGCUGUUCGUGAGGAGCAGAGACAAACUGCAAAGAAGAAAGAGCAACCAGCUCGACAAGAAUCUCAACAACCAGCUUCAGUUUCAGCCUCUGUUGGGAACGAGGUCGUGGAGGUUUCUGGUUUUGCAACACGUUCUAGUUCCUCAAAUUUCUCUCAAGGAAACAACAGGAACAGAGAAUGUUCGCUGCUCUGUUCUCGCUGUGGAAGAGCAGGGCAUGAAAAACAUUUCUGUUGGGAAAUCAUUGGAUAUCCUGAAUGGUGGUCAGAUCAAAACAAAGGAAGUCGUCCGACGGGUCGUGGUGGUCGCGGUUCGAUUUUAGGGGGAGCUGGUCGUGGUAACCAUUUUUCUGGCCGUGGUCGUGGUUAUGCGACGGUCGCGCAUUCUACAAGUCCACAUGCCUCCACCUAUCCCAGUUUUACACCAGAACAGUGGCAAGCAAUAAGCACGAUAGCAUCAGAGAAAUCCAUCUAUAGUUCGAACAAGCUUUCUGGUAAGUUAUUUUCUGGUAAGAUACACGAGGAACUCAUUCUUGAUACCGGAGCAUCGCAUCAUAUGGUCGGGCAUCUUAAGUUGCUCGUCGAUGUAAAGUCUACUCCGGACCGUUUUUCGAAGACUCUGAUUGGAGUCGGAGAAGAACGUGAUGGGGUCUACUUUGUUACGGAUGUGAAUGUUGUGCGUGUGAACAAAGCUGAAGCAAGGUGGGAUUCUACUUUGUGGCAUCAUCGGCUAGGGCAUCCUGCAUUUUCAGUUUUAUCUAAAUUAACUACAAGUUUUGGUGUUUUAAAUUUGGCUAGUUCUGGUCCUUGUGACGUUUGUUUUAGAGCUAAGCAGGGAGAAGCUAUUCUGGCCGCCACAUAUCUCAUUAAUCGCACUCCUACGAAGGUUCUUCAAAACAGGACUCCGUAUGAGCUUCUUUAUGGGGAAAAACCUUCCUAUGACCAUAUCAAAGUGUUUGGAGCGUCUUGUUAUACACAUAGGCGUGAUCGGGAUAAGGACAAAUUCGGAGAGCGGAUUCGCAAAUGUAUUUUGUGGGCUAUCCUUUUGACUGGAGAUCCUCAAUCAACGAAACUAUAUUUAACUAAUAAUGCUGUUGAUGAUGAUUGGUUGGUCCAUCUUGCUCCUACGCCUGUUGACAGGGGGAGUAACAUUGCUGUUCGCGAUCAACAUGCGGUGAGUGAGACUAUUCCAUGA